GACGGGACCUCUGUACGAGGUCCUGAUCAUGUGAUCACUGAUUGGCCAAUCAGUGAUCACAUGCAAAGUAGUAAGCAAGAUGUCACUUCUGACAUCAUUGCUUACUAUGUGUGAAAUCUGUGAAUGAUCACAGAGGUCACAUGGUACAAGGCUAUUCACAACAGCCUUGUACCAUGUGACAAGCUGUGACCAAUCACAGCUCACACAGUAGUUCUCAAUGGCUGCAAGAAUGCAGACAGAGAGAAAGAGACAUGAUUACUU